UCCGAUUUGGAGGGAGAUGGGAUUGAAUAAACGAAUUUGAAGUAAAGUUGUAUUGUAACACAUGUGUAGAGAUGUGAAUAGAUAUUUAAACUUAACCUAGAAGUGCAGAAUCUGAAUAAAUAAAUUACAGUGCUUCAUUAAUCAAUAAAAUAUACGCUUCUAUAAUCAAGUUGAUUCCUAUUUUAUGGCAGAUACUGGCUCAUAGCACUGAAAGCUGUCAGUCCAGAAAAGAGGAAAACAAUCACUAUUCCUGCUCCCUUACUAUUUGUAACAGAGCACGCUCUCAGUAGUCUGACUGUAAUCUAAAGAAAAUGCUUUUAGUAGCUGUACUACAACAUUCAGUAGUUAUUAAUUUUUUGAUGUUUUAUACACGAUCUGUUUAGUAUAGUGGAGAAAAAUUACAACAAUAUUGUUUUUAUAUCAAUUAAUUAUGGCAAAUCUUUCUGAUAUCACCUGUGAGUUUUCAGAUGAUAAUCCUUCAGACAUAUUAGCUGAUCAUCAGUCUAAAUUCGUAGUAGUUGGUCGAAAACCUCGAAUUCAUACUUUAAGAAAAAAAAGGCAUUUAAUACAAAAAUUAAUCACAAGAGAGAUUAGAGGCUGCUUAUCACAGUAUAAAAAUGAUAUACAAGACAGAAUAUUCGAAACAAUACCAUCGUGGGGUUAUUUAUCACUUCUUCAAGUCAUUCCAAUGUCUGCCAUUCAAGCUGGACAUAUCGUUAUGGGCCUAACACAAUGUGGUCAAUUUAUUCUCACAUAUACAUAUAAUCUUGAUCUAAGAGGAAUAGGUUCUCUUUACAAAUAUCGUUUGCAUUGGUGGAUAUUUUCACCAAAAAAAUUAGCACAUAAAGUUGCUGAAGUUGUUCUUUUUGGUAACUAUACUAUUAACAAAGAAUUGGAAAUCGUCAUAGCUCAGUGGCCAAUGGAAAAGAAUAAAAUUGUGAUCCAUGGUUUAUAUUCGGAUUGGGAACUUACGCAGACUACUGCUCGUGGAUAUUUAACGUUCACAACUUUGCCUUCUUUAGCGAAUUGUAAAGAUUGUGCAAAAUUUGCCGCUUCAUAUGAAGAAGAAGAACCGGCAGGUAAUUGGGAUGGCUGUAGACGAUGUAAUUGCUUGCUCCAUGGAUUAACAGUUCACACUACGUAUGAAGUGAUUUCUCCUUAUCCGCGAUUUCGUGCCUCUGUAUGCCUCAAUUAUUGGAACCACGUGGUCAUAAAUACCGGAAAUUUUUUACAUGUACUUACAGUUCAUUUACAUGUACCUGAAAAUAAUGAUAAACGUAUUUAUGAGAAACAAAAUGCUGUAUCAAAUAUCGUGAAGAAUAAUGUUAGUGGUGUUGAGAAACUCGAUGAUAUACGAACAGCGUAUCACAUUUAUUCAACUGAUGAAGCUGUUACUUCGAACGCGUUUCAUGAGUUGUCGCUUAACUCCAAUUAUACACAUGAUCAAGAAUUUUUAAUCGAAAAAAAAAAGUUUUAUGAUGAAAUUUCCACUCUCGAAUCGCGUAAUUCUAAACUUAAUGAUAGUUUUAAUAUAAAAGCAUGUAAAUGUUUAGAUUUCGUUGAGUGUUUCUGUAUUUAUAAAGAAAAUGUUAUCAAUACUUCGCAGCAACGGUCUAUUCUUGUAAGAGAUAAAAUCUCAGAAGAUUUCUAUGAAGAUAUGUCUCAAGAAUUAAGUUAUAAUAAUGAAUCAAUACCUAUGAUAAAUCAUUUACCUUAUUCAACUAAGUUGAUUCCUCAAAGUUCUUCAAUUGAUUUAAAGAAAUCAGAAACACUCUUUACAUCGUCUUCAAAUAUUUUUAGAACGCAAACUUUCGAAACUGCUUACGGGUGUGAAAAAAAUAAGCGCUUAUCGUCUCAACAACCUGAUAUGUCCCAAGAUGAUAAAAAGGUAUCGUGCGUUACUACCAUCAAUUUUCCUCUACGUACUUCUUUACAGUCUUCUCCAGGAACUCAUAUUUAUCAUAAACUUAAAGAAGAAGCAGAAAAAGCUUAUGAAUUUAUCGAUGAUACCCAAGAAACUUGCGAAAAACUCAGUUCAUUUCGGAAAAGACAACUUGCAGAUAAAAAGUAUGAGUUCUGCGAAGAAACUGAAGAUACUGAGAAUAUUGUUCCUUUUAAGUACAUCAGAAACCAAUUAGAGUUUGAUCAUAGCAAGUGGCAUCAUAGUAAACGUGGAAAUAAUGACAUUGACGAUAUUGCUUCUAAUCAAAAUAUUUUAUAUAGUUUCCAGCCAGUUAAAUCAGUAAAGAAAUCAGUACUCCGACUAAUAAGCCAGAACCAAUUGCACUGUAUUGCGAACACUUAUAACAGAAUUCAUACUCAGUAUGAUUGCUCAUCCCGGGACGAUCCUCUGUUGACCUCAAAUUUCGUUUUUCCUUAUCCAAUAAUUAAAUGUACAAAUCACUUUAAGCGAAUUUAUAUUGAAUCGGAUGAUGAAAUAAAAUCAGUAAUUACUGAUGUUGAAGACGAUGAAACGGGAGAAAACGUCAGUUAUCAAUGUGUAUUACCAAUGGACGUACACGGAUCAGGAUAUGUACGAAUGCAAAUGAUUAGCAAUAACAAGGCAGAAAAAUUAAUGCUGCCAUAUGUAUCAAUAAAUCAAUUUAGUUUUGACAUUGAAACGUUUUCACAUCAUAUUGCUGAAUGGAUAUGCAAAAAGUUUAAAAAGAAAUAUUGGCACUGCAUUGACUAUGACAUUGAAAUAGUAGAAGUGUGUGCGAUAAGCGGUGACAUUAUUUGCAUGCUUAUGAUGAAAAUUGAAGCUGAUGAAAAUUACAUAAAAACUAUCGGUUCACAAGAAAGAAGAAGCUAUAUGACGGGUUGUCAAUUUAUGUGGAACGUUGAUACAAACCAAUAUAAAAUAAUAAGUAUCUUUCCUGUUACUGAGUUAUCAGAAGAAUUCAAUGCUGGAGCAGUGGAAGAUUGGAGCCCUACAUGGAAUCCAACACGUAAUUUUAUUUCAACACUCAGAAAAACAAUUAAACAGAUUUACGCUCGUCCAGUACGAUACAUACAUCAUUCAGCAGGGUUUUCAGAUUCACUAUCUCGAAUAAUUGAUAUGGACAACUUAACGGCAUUCUACUUGACAACAAUGCCUGAAAAUAAUAGAUUAUACUGAAGAACAAUAAUUUUUGAAAAUUCAAAUAUGAUGGGGCAUUUAUACUGUUUCAAGACUUCAACAUAUAAAUAUCAAUGAUUUAUUAAAAUAAAAUUUAUCACUUCAUAAACUCGUUUUCAUUAAGUUAUAAUGUUUUGAAAAGUAUACCUGAAAAGUAUAACAGGGUAUAUCUUAACCUUGAAGAUAAUACUCGGUUUUUCAGAACCGGAGAUAUUAAUUUAAAAAAUCUGGGCCGUUGAAAUAUACAAGAGUGAGAGAGGAUGAGGGAUUAAAUUUAUUUAACACAACUUUUAAUUAACAUAAUAAAUCAGAUUUUAUUUAACCAAUAACAACCUGCCCACCAGGCUUCUAUUCUUCUUCUAAUUAUUAUAAAAUUUCUUCACUGAACUUUUAUUCCUUGAUUACUAAUGAGUCCCCUGGACUUAUCAUUCUUAUAACUACUAACGGCACCUUGCCUGAUUCACCGGAUCUUUAUUGAACUUAAUUCUAAUGUCCCCUGGACUUAAAUUAUUAUUAAUUGCCUACCGGCCUGAUCCCCUGGAUCUUAAUUUAAAAACUUAAGUCCUCUGGAAUUAUUCUAUCACCCCCCUCCCUCACACACACACAUUUAUCUAUUUAAUUGUCCACCGGACUUAACUCACACACACACGCUUUACGAUAUACUAAAUUCCCCUUUUUACACACUUUUUUCAUUACACCAACGGACUACAUUUCUUUAUUAUUAAUUUUCCACUAAUGAAUUUUAUUGUAAUUCUAUACGAUAAUUUAUCAAUACGUUUGAAUUUCACGUAAAUUUUCCUUUUUGGAUUUAUUGUACUGUGAAAACUUACGUGAAGCCGAUGAUUCUACUUUGGACUCUUUUUCUUAGACUUUGGACUCACUUACUGACUUUCCAUCCAAUCUCAAUUUCCAUAAUUUUUACUUUACGAAUUAUUAGCGGCUGAGGCAGCCGUUCGGUACGCGCGUGGCUCAGGUGAUCACCGUAGUUAAGUAGCAUCGAGCAGAAUCACUACUUGGUUGGGUGACCGUUUAGCCACGCGUCGGGUUCGAACGAAGGUCUCUGAUCGUUAGGCGCGGGAUGAAGAUCCACUGAUCGGUAAAAUGGGAAUUUCAUCGACCACUGGAACUUCACCCAAACCGAAACUGUACUGGCUAGGUUUUCUCUGUGGUUUCCCUACGCCACUGCAUCUCCAUUGCACGAGGGAGGUAGCAGGGCAUCAUCGUAAUGAUGCAGUACAAUCAUAAGCACAAGUCGGGCCACAGCCGCAAAAAUUAAAAAGAGGCGAGAAAAGGGAGAAUUUGAAUGUAGUAAAGUCUUGUAAAACACUAUGAGUAAUACAAGUAAAUAAAAAUAAAAAAAAAUAAUACUUUACGAAU